GUCAUCAGCAUUCAGCCGCUGGUGUCCUUAUAUUAAAUCCAAUUAGUGCAUUAUUUAACAAAUAAUUCAUUUAAGGGGCGGAUGUUUAUCGAUCAGAAGUAAAUCGAGACAGCCACAAUGGCUAUGUCUAAAGGUUUCAAAGUUCUUGAAAAAUCUUCUCCACCUAAUCCGUAUAGUGUAAUUUUGCAACACAGAAAUAAAGAUACUGCAUUAUUAUUCGAAUCUCAAGCGGUGGUUUCCCUGUCGUUUCAAGAGACGGAAACUUUGCGUAAACAAUACCAUAAAAUUGCUGAUGCAUAUGGAUGUUUAGGUGUUCUACAGUUAAAUUCCGGAGAAAGUUGCUUAUUACACCUUGUUCUCGUCACGGGCUGCUGUUCCGUUGGCAAGGUAGGCGACAUUGAAGUAUUCAAAAUAACUCAAACACAAUUUUUACCUCUUUUCUAUCAAUCUCAGAGCGAAGACAAAAUUUCAGAAGUGAGAAAAUUACUUAACUCUGGCACCUUCUAUUUUUCAUGGAACUCCGGUAAAACCACCGAUAAUUUAUUCGAUCUUACUCUUUGUUCCCAAAGAAAAAGCAAAGGAGCUAACUCAGAUAAUAGAUUCUUUUGGAAUAGAACCUUGUUUAUUCACCUCAUAAGAUUUGGAAUUGAUUGUGAUGAUUGGCUUACUCGAGCAAUGUGUGGAUCAGUUGAGAUAAGAACUAUUUAUGUAGGUCAUAGACAAGCAAGGGCUGUGCUCGUGUCCAGGUUGAGCUGUGAAAGAGCAGGAACAAGAUUCAAUGUUAGAGGUUGCAAUGAUGAUGGUAAUGUUGCUAACUUUGUGGAAACUGAACAAGCAAUUUACAUAGAUGAUUCUGUAGCAUCAUAUAUUCAAACUAGGGGAUCAGUUCCACUUUUUUGGGAACAGCCAGGGAUUCAGGUUGGUUCACAUAAAGUAAAAAUGUCGAGAGGAUAUGACGCAUCAACUAGUGCAUGUGAUAGACAUUUCUCUCAGUUGAAGCGUAAUUAUGGGUCCCUUGUAGUUGUUAAUCUUUUGGGCUCAAGUUUAAUAGGAGGAAGCGAAGGUGAGGCUACUCUAAGCAAUGCUUUUCAGAGACAUCUCAAUGAGUCUGCUCAUAAUGAUGUUGCACAGAUUAUAUUUGAUUACCACCAGGAAGUUAAAGCAUCAUCAAUUGAUUCAGCACUAUCAAAGUUUAAGAAGAUUAUUGAAAAUUAUUAUGAUAGUAUUAGCAUUUUCAGUGCUAGAGGUAAUGAUAUUUAUAACAUUCAAAAGGGUGUAAUACGUACUAAUUGCUUAGAUUGUUUGGAUCGAACAAAUGCUAUACAAACAUUUAUUGGCCUAGAGAUGCUUGCAAUACAGCUCAUGUUACUACAAUGUGUUGAUAAAAAACAGAAUGUUAAUAGAUUUGAGGAAGUUUUUAAACAGAUGUGGGUGAACAAUGGCAAUGAAGUGUCAAAAAUUUAUGCAGGCACUGGUGCAAUACAAGGUGGCUCUAAGUUAAUAGAUGGAGCAAGAUCGGCUGCUCGCACCAUACAAAAUAAUUUGUUAGAUAACUCAAAACAAGAAGCUAUUGAUAUAUUACUUUUGGGCUCUACUCUCAAUUCAGAACUAGCCGAUCGCACAAGGAUUUUGCUACCAUCUAAUAUUUUACACACAUCCACACCUGUUCUUAGAGAAAUGUGCAGAAGAGCAAAUGAAUUUACGCAACCAUCUAGUAUACGUAUUACAAUUGGAACAUACAAUGUGAAUGGUGGUAAACAUUUCAGAAGCCUUGCAUAUAAAGAUGUUUCAUUAUCAGAUUGGUUACUGGAUUGCCCAAAUUCAGCUUUAGUAAACACAGUAAACUUAAAAGAUCAUCCAUCAGACAUAUUUGCUAUUGGUUUUCAAGAGAUAGUUGAUUUAAAUGCUAGUAAUAUUAUGGCAGCUAGUUCUGAUAAUGCAAAGGCAUGGAGCGAAGAAUUGGAUAAGAUACUAGCGAGAGAUGCUUCCUAUACGCUUUUAUCAAGCCAUCAGUUGGUGGGUGUCUGUCUUUUCCUGUUUGCAAGGAAAGAUUUAAUUCCACAUAUCAGAGAUGUAGCCCUUGAUUCUGUCAAAACAGGGCUUGGUGGAGCAACUGGAAAUAAAGGAGCUGUGGCCAUUCGUCUCGUAAUAUAUGGGACAUCCCUAUGUUUUGUCUGUGCUCAUUUUGCUGCAGGGCAAUCUCAAGUUUCAGAACGUAAUGCAGAUUAUACAGAAAUCACGCGAAAAAUUGCUUUUCCUAUGGGGCGGUCCUUAUAUUCUCAUGAUUAUGUCUUUUGGUGUGGAGAUUUCAACUACCGUAUUGAUCUAGAUAAGGAUGAAACGCGAUUAUUAGCGUCACAAAAUAACAUGCAAAGACUUUUAGAGCAAGAUCAACUAUUGCGCCAAAAAUCACAAGAUUUAGUUUUUAAAAAUUGUUUUGAGGGAGAAAUUACUUUCCUUCCUACUUAUAAAUAUGAUUUAUUUAGUGACGAUUAUGAUACCAGCGAAAAAUGUCGGGCUCCAGCGUGGACUGAUCGCGUCUUAUGGAGAAGUCGCAAGUAUACCAUUGAUCCAGAAACAACAUCAGAAUUAGCCGCUGGAAAAAUAUUGCACUAUGGACGUGCUGAACUAAAACAGAGCGAUCACCGACCGGUGAUUGCUAUCUUAGAAAUAGAAGUGUCACAAGUUAGUUAUACAAAGUGUAUGGAAGUUUUUUAUGAUGUGGUUAAAGACUUGGGUCCGCCUGAUGCUAGCAUUAUUGUCCAACCAGCAGAAGAAUUUGAUAACGAAGAAUCUAUUUUUGAUGAUAAUUUGAUGACUGCAGUUCUGCAAGAAUUAGCUAUAAUUGGGGAAGUAACAUUAGUACGUUUUAUUGAUGAUCUUACAUUGAGUAUAACAUUUAGAGAUGGUCAACAUGCCUUGGCUGCAGCACAGAAAGGACAAAUUUCAGCUUGUUCUAUUCCAUUACUAAUAUCAUUGAAGUCACCUAAUUGGAUCGAUAUUGUUAAGUCAGAAGUUAAUUUGUGUUCCAAUAACACAAUUCCUUUAUUCGGUGAAUUACCCAGCGAACGCCCUCUACGAUCUGCUCCUCCUACACCACGUAGACAACAACCGAGUAGACCUCCAGCUCCAUCGCCUACACCCCUAAUACCAUCGAGGACACCGGCGGUAAGUCCAGCAAGGCCGCCUCCUCCUCGUCCUGCGCCAUUUCAAAAUGACAUAGGUGGUAAUGUACUACAGCCUGUACCAACAUCUCCUCCUGCUGACAUUCUUCCUCCGCCACAAUGCGCACCUCCGCCGCCACCAGCUAGCAGCACUCCUCCUCCGACUAGUCAUCCUCCUCCAGUACCUGCCCGCCAAGGAGCGCCACCUCCUUUGCCAGCCCGCCCACGACCAGUUAUUUAGAUCCAUAUGGCGAAAUAUGCUUUAAAUUUGUUUGUUAUUGAUAAUAGAAGUGGUAUUCAAUAUUAUAGUAGUUGAAAUGUUACAAAUUCAAUAAACAUAUUGCAAUAAUUUUUAAGCAAUGUUCUAUCGUCUUAUAUGUUAUCGCCGUUAUUAUAGCUCUAUUCAAAAUUAUAUUAAACAUACUUAUUACCCUUUUUAAAUUUAUUUUAAUAGGCUGUGAUGUAUUGAUCAAAAUAUCCUAGUAUUUCUUUACUUAUAAUAGUAAUUAUUGUUAAUUUUCUGUUCUACGUAGUACUUUUUAUUUUUUUACUUUUUAUAAAAAUAAAUUAUAUUUAGCAAGAAGUAUUCCUGAUAUAUUUUUUGUAUUCUAAAGGUUAUAUUCAAUUGGAAAUGGCAGAAUUUUACUAUUGAUCUCAUUAGACGUCUACAUUUUUUUACGUAAUUUUAUAUGUUAAAUGAAUUCCUAUAUUUCGCACUGAAUUAACAGCUAUUUUACAUAAUUUUUUAUUCUUGUUUGGGUUCCUAUAUGUUUUAUGAAAACUUGGUACAUUGUUCAUUUAUAGCUAUUAGUUGUAUGUGUAAUGUGUAACUUUGUACAUUUGAUCAUAAGAAAUUUACUAUGAGGGAAGUUCUCAGUUUAUUGUUAUUAUAAUAUUAUUAGAUAUCAACGAAAAAUUAGAAACUAUAGUGAGUCUUUAUUCUUCUGUAAAUUUUAUUAUGAUGUUAUAAACAUUAAGAUUUACACAAUAUAUUAAUUUUGAUAUGUUAUUUAAUUAAAAUUAUGUAAUUAUAGAUUAAAAUUUGAACAUUUUUAUUUUUAGGAAUAACAUUAUAUUAUUUUUAUAUCAAGGAUAAUAUAUUUAAUACGUUGAUGCAAUAGUAUGAUAAUUCUUAAACUGAUAGGCUUAUCUUAUUUUAUUAUUAGUGUAUCAACUUCACCAUGAUUAUUUUCAAUACUAAGCAACUGGUAUGGCCAGUAUGUCUACAUAUUUUUAGUUUUAAUUCUUUGUUUAAUAUGUUAUUUAUUAUUUUCGGACCAACGUUUCAGUAAUAUAUUGGAUCAAAGACAUAUUUUUACAAAAUGUGAGUCUAGCUUUUGUUGUAACAGUAUAUAUGUAGGAGUAAAAUGUAUUUUGAACAUUGGUCGUUUACGAGAUUUGAAACUAUUUAUUUACAUAAUAAGUCGCAAUAAACAUAUUUUAUAAAGUUAAUAGAAUUGUGAGAUUGUCUUCUGUAAUCAAAUAUUGUUAAAUAAUGAACACAAUACUUCAAAUAUAUGGCAGUGUACAAGA